CUUCACACGACGCAAUCUGUCACACAUCAAACGCUACACGUACGUACGUACAUGAAAAUCUUCACGAAAUCCUCAGCGCAGUAUUGCAUCCCUCAGUCUCACCAUGGCGACAUCACCGAGCCGGAGGCUUAUCGGCCUCUCGACCAAGAUGUAUUUCCCGCUCCAACGCACGCUGGACUUCGUCGCCGCCGUCCAGACCGAACUCAAGACCCUCCCGCCCCACGCCCUCGACAACGUCGACCUCUUCAUCAUCCCCGAUUUCGUCUCCAUCCACCCGGUCAACGAGGCUCUCAAGUCGUCGCCGGUCCCGAUCCGGCUCGGGGCGCAAGACUGCCACUGGGACGACUUCGGCGCCUUUACCGGGGAAGUCAGCCCAGCCGUGCUAAGCGAAACAGGGGUCACCAUCGUCGAGGUUGGGCACGCCGAGAGACGGAGGCUAUUUGGCGAGACCGACGAGGUCGUGGCGAAGAAGGCCGCUGCAGCAAGUCGGAACGGCAUGACCCCCCUGAUCUGCAUCGGCGAAAAGACCAAAGGGGACUUGGACAUCGCCUUGAGCGAGUGCAAGGUCCAGAUCGACCAGUCGCUGGCCGACGUCCCCGACUCCGCAGAGGUCAUUGUCGCGUACGAGCCUGUGUGGGCCAUCGGCGCAAGCCAGCCGGCCAGCGAGGAUCACGUCAUCCAAGUGGUGAAGGGGAUCAGGGCCUUUGAGAGCGUCAAGAGGAGGACGGGCACGACGAGGGUGAUUUACGGCGGCAGCGCUGGGCCUGGUUUGUUUGAGAGGUUGGGUCAGGCUGUCGAUGGGCUUUUCCUGGGGAGGUUUGGGCAUGAUGUGCCGCGUUUCCUCAAGACGGUGUCAGAAGUGGCUGCAUUUCAGAAAGCCUGAUCUUGGGAGGCAUUCUUCUGGCGUUUGGCUGGGUGUCUAGCUGCGUGCCCUGUGUGACGUGGGAGCAUGUCGUCCGGAGUGUAAGGUUGACAUGGGAUCCGAAGGCUCCAUCCGAGAUCACCAGAUCAGUAAAGACACAGGGAGUGGGGGGAACUGUCAAGGAAGCCCGGGUGUGGUAGAUGUGCAAUGGCUCGUAACUUCAUCGGAUGCAUCCACCUUGACAGAUAUCUCUAACUGGGUGCUCAUUGUUGGAGCAGCGAGGCAGAUUGAAGCGAGCUCUGCUUACGCCGGUGUGGGUUAAGCAGAUAAGUACCAUUCGUGACCAAGGCCAUUCGAUUGUGCUUCAUCUGUGGCCAAGCCUUGAAACGGCGUAGCCACGUCGCCUGCACCGUGUAGCAUCAUCGUGCUGCAUAAUAAUCA